AUGACCGAAUCAUUCCGUCCGACUCCGAAUACAUUACUUAGCAACACACACUUCAUCGCCAUCAUCAUCCUCUUCAUCCUCUUCAUCUCUCUCAUCAUCGACUCAUCACUAUCUCUCCUUCAUUUCAUCGUCGUCAUCAUCUGCACGAGGACCGUACUGAAAUACCGAAAAACAUCACCAAAUGUUCGCAAAGAACCCUUGCAUUCGACCAGCACUGCCGAUCGAAUAGAUACGGUUACUGAAAAGUUGAACAGAAGAUCGCAGGUCUCCAAAUUACUCCAGCCUCACAAUAAUUUGUUCAACAAUAACAACAGCAACAAAAGCAACAACAACAACAAUAAUAAUAAUAAUAAUAAUAGUAAUAAUAGUGAUGAUGAUGAUGAUGGUUGUAACGAUAGCUCGAUAUCCAAAUUUAGUUGGGAUUUGAAUUCGGCGCCCACAUUGGAAUCAGAACCUUCCUACCGAGUAACCGAUUCGAAUACCGAUUUUAAUCUAAAUAGAUCGACAAUUUCGUUGAUCAAUUUUAUGAAUAAUUAUAAUAUUAAUAAUUUUGUAAUAAAAUCAAAAAAUUUUCAAAACUUCCCCAAAAAACUGAACGACUUCGCUAAACGAGAAGCAGUUUCGAACGACCGAAUAAGUGAGAACUUCAAAGGCUGCUAUUGCAACCGGUCAAACAGUGAACUCGAUUUUGAAACAUUUCAGCUAUCGGAUACUCGGCAGCAGCAUCGACCACAUCGGGAGAGGAGGAGACAAUCGAUACCGAUACCGAUACUGACACACGACCAGCCCUGCACCGUCGCACCGAACAACCCACCGCCAGAAAGAUCGUUUAAAAACAAUCGAAUCCACUCUUACCUCGCCAACAUCAAGUUGAGAGAUGCUUUCAAAAGUCGAUCGCAGUGUUGCAAUAAAUACCGAUGGGCCGGUUGCUUUGAUUUCAAGUUGAAACCUCGCAAAAUGUUCUCCAGUUUGAUUAAUAUUGCAAAUCUUAAAAGGCUGAAACGGUAUUCGAUUCUAUUGAUAUCGGUAUCGCAAGAAUUGAAAUUAUUUCAGAAACUUCUUUUAACGACUUUGCUGUCGUUCCUCGCCUAUCGAUAUUUUACGGAACCGUAUCCAACCGGCGUAUCGAUCGAGCGACUCAUGUUAGAGAGCAAGUUACUAUUUGAUAGAGAAGGCAAGAAACAAUGCCGAGACUCGGUAAACCGACCGGUACAGCCCUGCUUCAACGGCGAUAACAAUGAAAACAAUGAUAACGGUUUUGAUAGCAUGAACCUUGAAGAUGAUGAUGAAGAUGAAAAUGAUGAUGACGACGCUCAUCUAACGGUGAGAUUAAACGGCUUCAAAAUAUUCGAAAGUAAUCGGAUACCGAGCAAUUACUAUUCGAAACACGCUCCAACGGAAAUGGUCCAUUACUGUGAGAACGACGAUGAUGAUGAUGACGAAGAUUAUGUUGACGAUGAUGAUGAGGAGGAUGAUGAUGAGGAUGAUGAUGAUGAGGAGGAUGAGGAUGAUAACAAUGAUAAGAACGCCAUCUUCUUCCUCCUUACCAACAUCAUUCAAGACGUCGAAGUCAAGAGCCUCAGAGCGUUCAAAAUAUUCGCCGAAUCGAUGAAACCAUCAGGAACGUCUCAGGGAUGUGUGUGUGGAUGCGGUCCCGGUCGGUUGCAGGGGUUGUCGAGUAAAUACGGUUCCGUUAAGUUUCAAAAACAUGCGAAUGAAAACAGUUUCGGUAUAAGUCAGCAGGAGUGUUCGAGUGAAUGCGGUUUCCGUGAAGUUCAGAGGGGCAGCGGGUCAAAAGUGAAAUUCAAGAAUAGCAACAACAACAACAACAACAACAACAAAAACAACAACAACCACAACAACAAAAACAACAACAACAUUAACAAAAACAGCAACAACAACAACAACAGCAGGAGUAACGAUAAUGCCACAACAAGCGUCGCACCUACCAGACCAAAUGACAGGGACCUCGAUGACGUCAUCGUCAUGUUGCCAUCAAAAAAUUACAACGAACACGACGGUGGUGAUGAUGAUUAUAAUGAUGAUGAUGAUGAUGGAAGAGAAAUGAGUGAGAGAAUGGAAGAAGGAAUACAGAUGAGAGAUGGUAGUCAAAAAAUGAAGUGUCAAAGAAUUUAUACUGAAACUAAAGUUUGA